UCAAUUCGAUUUUCCGCAAAUAAAAAAGCAUGAAGCCGGUCCAAAACCCGGCGAUGCUUAUCCGUUUAGAAGGUACUAGAAGAAACCCUUAUUCACUUGCCUUUUUCUCCAAAUUCUCGAAAUCGAAACACACGACUUAAACAGAAAAAGACGAGACUUUUAACACUCAGACCUAAACCAACACUCUUCCUCUUUCUCUCUCUCGCCGAUCGGAAGCAGAUUUUUUUCUCAAAGGAUGGAUUCAACGAAGCUUAGCGAACUCAAGGUCUUCAUCGAUCAAUGCAAGUCUGACCCUUCUCUUCUCACUACUCCUUCCCUCUCCUUCUUCCGCGACUAUCUCGAGAGUCUUGGUGCUAAGAUACCUACUGGUGUUCAUGAUGAAGAGAAAGACACCAAACCGAGGAGUUUCGUAGUGGAAGAGAGUGAUGAUGAUAUGGAGGAAACUGAAGAACCGAAACCGAAAGUGGAGGAAGAAGAAGAAGAUGAUGAGAUUGUUGAAUCUGAUGUAGAGCUUGAAGGAGACACUGUUGAACCUGAUAAUGAUCCUCCUCAGAAGAUGGGGGAUUCAUCAGUGGAGGUGACUGAUGAGAAUCGCGAAGCUGCUCAAGAAGCUAAGGGCAAAGCCAUGGAGGCCCUUUCUGAAGGAAACUUUGAUGAAGCAAUUGAGCAUUUAACUCAGGCAAUAACGUUGAACCCGACUUCAGCUAUUAUGUAUGGAAACAGAGCUAGUGUCUACAUUAAGUUGAAGAAACCAAACGCUGCUAUUCGAGAUGCAAACGCAGCAUUGGAGAUUAACCCUGAUUCUGCCAAGGGAUACAAGUCACGGGGUAUGGCUCGUGCCAUGCUUGGAGAAUGGGCAGAGGCUGCAAAAGACCUUCACCUUGCAUCUACAAUAGACUAUGAUGAGGAAAUUAGUGCUGUUCUCAAAAAGGUUGAACCUAAUGCUCAUAAGCUUGAGGAGCACCGUAGAAAGUAUGACAGAUUACGUAAGGAAAGAGAAGACAAAAAGGCUGAACGUGAUAGACUACGUCGCCGUGCUGAAGCACAGGCUGCCUAUGAUAAAGCUAAGAAAGAAGAACAGUCAUCAUCUAGCAGACCAUCAGGAGGCGGUUUCCCAGGAGGUAUGCCCGGCGGAUUCCCAGGAGGUAUGCCUGGCGGAUUCCCAGGAGGAAUGGGCGGCAUGCCCGGUGGAUUCCCAGGAGGAAUGGGCGGUAUGCCCGGUGGAUUCCCAGGGGGAAUGGGUGGUGGUAUGCCUGCAGGAAUGGGCGGUGGUAUGCCCGCAGGAAUGGGUGGUGGUAUGCCCGGAAUGGGCGGUGGUAUGCCAGGUGCAGGCGGUGGUGGCGGUAUGCCUGGUGGUAUGGACUUCAGCAAAAUAUUGAAUGAUCCUGAGCUAAUGACGGCAUUUAGCGACCCAGAAGUCAUGGCUGCUCUUCAAGAUGUGAUGAAGAACCCUGCGAACCUAGCGAAGCAUCAGGCGAAUCCGAAGGUGGCUCCGGUGAUUGCAAAGAUGAUGGGCAAAUUUGCAGGACCUCAGUAAACAAAACAACAAGUUUUCUUCUUCUCUUUGCCGAUUUCUGUGUUUAACUGCGUGAGAAAAGAGAUAUGUUGGAGAUUUUCUUUUUCUUUUAUGUUUUCGUUGGAGAGGAACUUAAAACAAUAAAACAGAGCUCUUUUCUCUUCGUUAGUAAUUUACCCUUUUUCUCGUGUUUCA